ACCAUGAAAAGCAUAGAAACUCUCUCUUGGAAAAACUUGAGUGCGUUGGUGGUAUUUCUAGCCUCCUGUCUUCUUGUUAAGGGUGAAUGGACAACACUUCGACCGACGAGAGACAUGGAGUACAAGUUUGAUUCAAUCACCCGAACAAUAAAGGGAUUGCCAGAUGGAGGCAAGAAAGCUUUCUUUACUAUCCUGAUGCAGGCACCAAAUAAUGCCUCUCCCGCUCAAAGUGACGACAGAGUGACAUGGCGCAAAUUAUCCGAGGGCCCAGUAAAUGGCGUUUCGCGGUUUGAAGCAACACUGAACAACAGCGUGUCAGUGCCGGGAUACAGAAUACCUAAAAUCUGGCUCUCGGCUGGCAACGAUGAAUUUUCGUUCCAAAUGAACGAAAUCUCAUCCCAAGAAAGCCAAAUCAGAUUUAAUGGAAAUUCAUGUCAGUUUGGAGUUCAACAAAAGCAAGAUCCCGAGGGAAAAGUAAUUUUCAAGAUCAUGUUAAAAAAUUGCAAUAGUGUUCCAUAUUGUUAUCUGAAUAUGACGAGGAAAAUUAGGGAUACUUGGAUUUUAACAUCCGACUACUUUACACAGACCGAGGAAAUGACGUCACCAGAGGACAUCACGUAUAGAAUAUGCACCGUUGACAAAGCUGCAGUUCAAAAUGACGGAUUGAAAUUGAAGCUCGAGUUUAUUUUCUCCAUGUUCAACGAAAAAUUCGGAGAAGAAUUGUUUGAAGGUUUCAUGUACCGAUAUAAUCUUAUGCAAAUAAAAUAACGAUGAAAGAGACAGCUAUAGAUAUGUACUGAAUCACAUCAUGGCUCGUGCUUUUGAUAGCUUCUGAAAAUAAAACAAAUUUUUAUGACCAAA